AAAUAAAGACAAACUCUUCAUGUAAACAUUUGUACAUACAUUCAUAUAUAUCGUACAUUUCUGUGUGUUGCUCGUGUUUGUUAAUUUGUUUAUACUCCGUCGCACAGAUUCUUAAUUCUUAAACAGUUCCGCUUCAAGUUCGUAUCGGACCAGUUAUUGGGAAUAGGAAAUUGCGGAUUAGAGAUUCGAAUUCAAAUAAAUCAACCAAUUUCGGCUCUCUGGCUCACUUCGUCUCGAUUGGAGAAAUUUCCAUCUUCAUGUCGUCAAUCCGUAACAGUCAGGCCCGAUUCAGUGAAUGCGUUUCUAUAUUUUAAAUUGCCUCUCGUAUAGUUCGCGUCACUUUAACACAAGCUUUAUUAACUUCGUUGCGAAUCGAUUUUGGCACGCCUUUUUUUUUUACACCAUUUCUCCUUGCACGGAUGUAUACGCCACCGUGUAAAAAGAGGCCCAAGUGUAUUGUUUCUCUCUCUCUCCUUCCCUCUUUGUCUUUCUAUUUGCCUCUGUAUAUUCCCCUUCCUCUGCGAUUCGCGCGUCACAGCGCCACAUGCGCGCGCGCGCGCGCGCGCAAUCUCCCUAAUUCGCGCCAUCUCGUCGUUGGCGGCAGCGCGCGGCUCUCGUUGCGCUUAUCGCAUUUGACUAACGAAAUACACAACGGUCAGUCUGUAUCCGGGAGUGUCGGGCCGGCGGGAGUGCAUUCCUCGCGUUCCCGAAGUACCUGCUAAUGAAUCGGUGGUGCUUUGUGACUUCCCACUGAUAAUUAUCGCCUCUGAUUAUCUCGCCGAAUGUUUGUUUAUUGUCGUUUCGUGUCGUCGCGCUUUAUCACCGGGAACUGGACUGGUAUCGCGGUAUCCAAGGAAGGCUACGCCGGUACUCGAGCGGCGAAGCGGCACAUCGGACGGAUCGUUCCUCGAGUGAAGAGGCUGUCGCGGCCGUUCGUCGGACGGAAACGUCGCGAACGCUCGUUCAAAGUGUCGAAUUGGGACGAAUAGUGUUUCAUUCGUGCUCCGCGCGAUCGACUCGCAUCGCCGAUACGUAGUGCGCGUACGUGAUCAAGGGACGACAAGUCGUCGCGUCGUCGCAAAGUAAUGUCGCUGACGGACAUCGCCGAGAUGGACGAGAGAUCGGCCGGGACACUCGGCGAGGAAACGACGGUCGAAGCGUCGCCGAUGUCCAGCAUCGUCAACGGUCUCUGCAGGUCGUCGCUCGAUCCUGGCGGCAGCGCGAGGCAGAAGCGUCACUUUCAACGUUCAAAUACCUUCGACACCCCUCGUCGAGCGAACCACAGCCGGAGGAGAGAAGGUAUGCACCAGAUGCUCUCAUGCGUUCCAAGCAGAAACGAGGGCGUGCAGAGUGCGAAGCUACUGCUGUGCUCCGACUGGGUACAGUCUCGGUGUAGGAACUCGAUGUUGGAUAAGUACGACAACAAGGAGAACGACAGCGCCCUCUGCAACUACCAGUCAUUCAGUCCACAGAGGAGCGUAAAGAAGACACGAUGGCCUCUGGAGGAUUCCGACCCGAACAGCCAGGACAGCGGUUACGGGGCGAGCGACAACAGGGAGGAGAAACGGCGGUGCGACGGGUUUCAGUUCGCGGAGCCGUCCGGUGUGCCGCCGCGGCGUAUGUCCGUGGACUCGCGCAGCCCGGUGCAGUCGCCGAUGCGCUCGUCGCCGCAGCAACCGAGGGCGGCCGCGCGCUCGCCCUUCAUGCGCCAGUCCUCGGGAUACGAGAGCCUGGUGGACGACGGUUUCACCGAGCUCAUCGACAUGGAGACGAUGGAGGAUACGGCGCAUCUGCCGAGCGGCAUCACGUCGCUGCUGUCCGGCGACCUGGUCGGAGGAGCCUCGACGAUGGAGUACGACGUGUCGACGACCCCCGAGUUCCCCCGCACCGUCACGAACCGACUGAGACGGUCGUUGUCGCUGUGCGACCAAGACGUCUUCUCGCGCUCGUUGUCGAAGGUGCGCACCUGCCUGUUCCGUUCGCCCGGCGCGACCUCUUCGACGGCGAUGCUGCUCGACCCGAGCGAGAUGAAGCCGGUGUCGUCGCUCAGGACGCCCACCUUCCGCGGCGUUGAGACGACGUCGUCGCCGCAGUCCGUCAGCUGCAAACGGCCGUCGGAGCUGGACUCGCCGGGGUCGGACGUCAGGCUGAAGAAGUUCCGCGCGUCGAAGAGCUUCUGCCUUAAGGCGACGUCCGAAGCGACGACGAUGACACCGACGACGACGAGGAGGAGCCAGAAGAGCGCGCCGCUGCAGAGGAGCAUGUCCGAGACCGAGGCGAGCAUAAAGUCGGCGGUGCUCCGCAGCGUGACCGACUCCGACCUCACCGGCGACUUCAGCAAGCCCUGCAUACUGCCGCUCGCCGCGGGCUACCACCAGGACCUGAAGUGCAUCACGCCGACGACGCUGGCGGCGUUGUUGCGCGGCGAAUUCAACGACCGUGUCGGCUCCUGCAGGAUCGUCGACUGCCGUUAUCCGUACGAGUACGACGGGGGCCACAUCGAGGGGGCGAUGAAUCUCUACAGCAAGGACCUGAUCGAGCGGCAUCUCUUCGAUCCCCCGAACACAGUCGCACCCCCCAAGAUCCAGCCCGACACCGACAAGCGCGACAUACUCGUAUUCCACUGCGAGUUCUCGUGCGAACGCGGACCGAAUCUCUCCAGGCUACUGCGCAGCCUGGACCGUCAGCGGAACAAGGAACACUACCCGGCGCUGCACUAUCCGGAGGUCUACCUAUUGCACGGCGGUUACGAGCGGUUCUACAAGGAGCAGAAGGAGUUCUGCACGCCGCAGGACUACAGACCGAUGAAGCAUCCCGAUCACGAGGAGGACUUGAGGCAAUUCCGCAGCAAGAGCAAGAGCUGGCAGGGCGACAAGUCACGGCUGAGCGGUCAGACAGUGCGGACGAAUCUCAAACGUUUAGGUUUUUAGAACCGACACCCGUCGCCGUCGAGACACCCACCGAGUCCUCGCCUCAGCCACACCCCGGGCGUUCUCGUCCGGCGAAUCGAACGCUCCACACACACACACACACACACACACACACACGGAACAUAUAGGCCGUCGGGGUAAAAACGCGCGCGCUAUGCGCGCGUCGAUAAAGUGCAAACGACGUAGAGAGAGGGAGAGAGAGAGAGAUUCGUCCUCUCCAUGUAGAUUUUCCUUUAGACACGCUCUUUGCGCUUAUGACUGACCCGGGGAAUUCUCCCCCCGGGUAUAUAUAUCUUGUACAUAUUAAAUCGUCGUGUUCGCGCGAGCACGGGUAGACUCUAAUCGACUUCUUAGUACAAGGAGAGGAAGAGAGGGGAAAGCUUAGAAAUGCCUUUAAUAUAAUAUCGCAAAGCCCCGCUCCGCAAUAGCAGGGAGCGGUAAGACGGUGGUUGGUCGGCUGUGGUUGGACAACCAGCUUUACCGCUGCUGCGGGAACGGGCUUGAUAACACACCUUUGAUGAAGACGACGAGAACUGUUAGGCUAUGAUGACGACGAAUUAUUAUUUCCCGCCGCGCAUCACGUUCGGGCCCGGCUUUUGUACAUAGACGAAGAAAUUACAGGAAUUCUAGAUCGUACAAUUCGCGGUCGCUCUUUAAUUAAGUACGACACGUACAAUCGGACAUGCAAUAACUCCGUGAGAACCCGUGGGAAGGCAGGGGGGAUGCGGGUGCGUAUCGUGAAGGUGGAAACGAAUCCUCAGUUUCUGAACAUAGUUCGCGAUUCGGCCCAUUUGUGUACAUACGAGCCUCAAACGAGCGACCCAAUCACGUCGAUCUCUCGGUAUCGAUAUUGCGCUUCUGUCGCAACUUGUGACCCCGAAGCAAGUGCUUAAAAACGAUCGAUGCUGUGAAUAUAUGAAAUAAAAUUAUAACUUGUUGCAAUCUCGUGAUCAAUAUUAUAUUAUUAAUUAGUACACACGACGCACGGCGGAUUAACUCUUAAGUAUCUCGCGCCCGCUGUCGUAAGGAUCAAUUGUAAAGAUCAAUUUUUCUUUCGUUUUCGUAUAUGUUUUUUUUUUUCUUUCGCAAGAAAAAUCCGAUCUCUCGCGUCGAGAUCUCUAUAUUAUUAAAUCCUCAGCCUCCGAGGAUUUAACGUAUCAGGAUCUGCCUUACUAGAAAGGUAUCCAGUGCCGCUAACACGUGUCUGUAUAACUUUUUAGCACGCGCGAGCACUUGAGGUUAAUCGACCGACUAUGUGUAUUCGUAAGAUGAAGAUUUAUCGAGCAGAAGUGAUAUAAAUAUUACUAAAAUGUGCAAA